AUGCUAUUCGCCGACACCAAGCACGCAGCAUCAGCUACCAUCAAUGUCAGCGGGUGUAAGGAUAAGGACAAAACUACCCGGAUAACGUCAGCAAAAUGGUGGACGCGUCGAAGGAUUUUGCUGCUGCUCGCCCUGCCUCUCGGGAUCGUUGUGUGUGUCUUAGUAAUUGUCUUGCCCGUACUUAGGGCGAAGCGGAUUAUAGGUCCGAAAGUCCAACAGCCGGAAGAGCCUGGGCAUCAGGGGAUAAAGACGAGGGAUGGUUUAUCAAGGCCGUGGUAUCCAUCUCCACCAGGUGGAACUGUUGAAAGUUGGGCAGAAAGCUAUAGGAAAGCCCAGGAGUUAGUAAACAAAAUGAGCUUACUUGAAAAAGUGAAUAUCACCACAGGUAUUGGCUGGCAGAUGGGACUCUGCGUUGGAAACACCGGCCCAGCUACUUUGGUGGGCUUCCCAUCGCUUUGUUUACAAGAUGGGCCUCUAGGCGUUCGCUUUGCAGAAAAUAUCUCUGCGUUUCCUGCCGGCGUUACCGUUGCUGCAACAUGGAAUCGUGAUUUAAUGUAUAGGAGGGGUUUUGCACAUGGGAAAGAAGCGCGUCUCAAAGGGAUCAAUGUCCUUCUCGGUCCGGUUAUGGGUCCUAUCGGUGUCCUGCCUGCCGCGGGACGGAAUUGGGAAGGGUUUGGCUCGGAUCCUGUUCUCCAAGCCGUUGCAGCCGCAGAGACUAUUCGCGGAAUUCAGGACAAUGGAGUAAUAGCGACCGCAAAACACUACGUGCUCAAUGAACAAGAGCAUUUUCGCCAAGAAGGUGAAUGGGGAAUACCCAUUGCGAUGUCUUCGAAUGUUGAUGAUCGGUCACUCCGAGAGGUUUAUGUGUGGCCAUUUGCCGAAAGCGUACGGGCUGGCGUCGCAAGUGUGAUGUGUUCAUAUCAGAUGGUGAAUAAUUCGUACGCUUGCCAAAACAGUUUGAUUUUGAAUGGCAUUCUCAAGGAUGAGCUUGGGUUUCAAGGCUUUGUCCAGUCGGACUGGUUGGCACAAAGGAGUGGAGUUGCCAGCGCACUUGCUGGUUUGGAUGUCUCAAUGCCAGGAGAUGGCCUGGUUUGGGCGGACGGCAAUCCCCUGUGGGGCCACCAGUUGACUCGAGCUGUCUUGAAUGGAUCUGUGCCAAUAGAUCGAUUGAAUGAUAUGACAGCGAGAGUAGUGGCUGCUUGGUACCAAUUGAAACAAGACUCCUGGCCGAAACCGCCUCCGUACGGCAAUGGAGGCCCGAACUUCUCGUCCUGGACCCGUGAUAAAAUUGGCCGAUUGCACCAAGGCAGCCCCGGCGACAAUACUGAAGGGAUUGUGAACCGAUAUGUCGAUGCGCAGGGCCAGGGAAACAGUUCUCAUGGCUUACUUGCGCGUGAGAUUGCAGUUGAAGGGAUAAUUUUGCUAAAGAACGACAACGGAUUCCUCCCCCUUUCAAGAGACGGCCCUAAUACACCAGAUAAAAAGUCUCAUGUGGGCAUUUAUGGAGAGGACGCAGGGGCUGGCAAUGGACCAAACUUUUGCGACAACAGAGCCUGUAACCAAGGGACGCUGGGGUCGGGUUGGGGUAGUGGGGCUGUUGAGUUCCCAUACCUAAUAUCGCCGUGGAAAGUUAUAAGUAGAGCUUUCAAUAACCAGACCACAUAUGUAUAUGGUUACUUGACCAAUUAUCAGAUCCAGCCAGAAGAUAUGGAUGAUAAAGACUUGUGUCUUGUGUUCGCGAAUGCAGACUCUGGGGAAGGGUUUGCAAGUUGGAAUGACAUUCGUGGUGAUCGGAAUCACCUUUAUCUCCAAAAAGAUUCAGACGACCUUGUCUUCCAGGUGGCGUCGGGUUGUGGUGGUGGAAAUGGUAACACAGUAGUGAUUAUCCACUCUGUUGGGCCUGUGAUCGUUGAGUCCUGGAUCGAUCUCUCAGGAGUUAAAGCAGUGCUUCUAGCGAAUCUACCUGGACAAGAAAGCGGAAAUGCGCUCAGUGACGUAUUAUUUGGUGAUGUGGACGCAAGUGGGAGACUGCCAUACACCAUGGGCAAAAACAUUUCCGACUACGGCCCUGAAGCUGGGGUUCUUUACCAAUCCGAUGAUGAGAUUCCGCAGAAGAAUUUUUCUCAUGGCCUGUAUAUCGACUACCGCUUCUUCGACGCGCAUAACAUAACGCCGCGAUAUGAGUUCGGCUAUGGACUCUCAUAUACAACUUUCACUCUAUCCAACCUAAAUCUUACGACGUUGAAACCCAAAUCUCUACUCCCAUCGCCUCGCCCACAAGGAAUAUCUCCACCAUCCUACAACACGACAAUCCCCAAAGCUAAAUCCGCCUUAUUCCCAAAGGGAUUCCGUAUUCUAGCCAAAUACAUCUACCCAUAUUUAUCAUCUGUAAAGGAUAUUAAAAAGGAACCCCCAUACAAUUACCCGGAAGGAUACUACCAAGCGCAACCCCCGUCACCCGCCGGAGGUGGUGAGGGGGGCAAUCCAUCCCUCUUCGAGCCCUUCGUCACAGUAAACGUCACCGUCAACAACACAGGUUCCCGUGUCGGGAAGGAAGUUGUGCAGGUCUACGUUUCGUUCCCCGAGCGUGUUUUCGAUGUGCCUAUACUCAACAAUGGCAGCUACAACAGCACCCUCAUGAGCUACCUCAACCAAACCCUCUCGAUUGACAACAGCACCAAGCCAGUCGAUUUCCCGCCCCGCGUGCUCCGCAAUUUCGUCAAGGUAGAGCUACAUCCUGGCCAAGCUGUGAACGUGAGCUUGUCGCUGACGCGCAAGGAUCUGAGUUUCUGGAGUGUUGUGAACCAGAAUUGGGUUAUGCCCGUUACCGGAAGAUUUAAGGUGUGGGUGGGGAGGAGUUCGAGGGAUUUGCAGCUCAUGGCGGAAUAUUGA